AUGGGAUUCGAAGAUUACAUCGCGAAUGAUUUGGAUUCGAGUAUCAAUUAUCUAAUUCGUUAUGGUGAACCUCAUCCAUAUUAUUAUAAUUGUUCAAAUAUCAAAGACCCAUUUGCAAUUGGCAUGAAAAGACCAUUCUGGGGUUUUUAUUUCCUAAUCACUGGUAUCAUCCUAAUGGUAGGUUUUAAAACAGCUCGGGAAAAAUACGGCACCUUUUUAGCACCGAGGCGACAAAAAUUGUCGAGGAGUUUUGGCCGCCCCGGUGCUAAAAAGGUGCCGAAAUUACGGCACCUUUUUAGCGCCGAGGCGACAUUUUCAUGAAAAAUCAUUGUUUUGACCCAAGUUCGAUGCCCCUUUCCCGCACCUUUUUUAUUUUUUUCGUCUCACUGGCGCACCAUUUUAGCGCCGGUGCGUCUCUUCGCGCGCCGUUUUAGCGCCGGUGCGUUCUCUCUGCGCACCUUUUUAGCGCCGAGGCGAGAGCACUUCCCGCCUUGGCGCCCCAGAAUGUCGCCUUAGCGCCCCAGGAUGUCGCCUUGGUGCCGUAUUUUUCCCGAGAGAGAAAAAGAUAUGACGUGGAAUGUCUUUUUGGACCCCAUAUUACUUUGAUGGCUAACCAAAACUUUCUAUUCAGGCAAUCUACAUCCCAUGUCUUUAUGUGAUUUCAAGAAGUGAUUUGAUGAAAUCGUCUUGCUACAAAAUCAUGUUUUUUCUCGGAUUCCUUGAUCUCUGCUGUCUUUCCUGUAACUCAAUCUCAACUGGUUAUUUAGGAAUCAUCGGUGCCACGUAUUGCUCCUACCCCCGCUUCAUUUUCUUUAUGGGCGGAUUGGGAUGCGGUUGUUGGAUGGGUUCCUGUUCAACAUGCAUAGUUUUAGCAAUCAAUCGUUGUUGCGACAUCAAUCACAACCUUUCAUUCCGAAAAAUUUUCAUUGGCAAGAAUAUCUACAUAACGAUGAUGUUCCCCUUCAUCUAUUCGAUCUAUUCGGUCUUCUUUUGCAAACCUAUUCUUUUCAAUUCCAAUUAUAUGAGUUGGUUUUUUAACCCGGAAAUUGGAUUAGAGGUUUGCUCACUUUUCUAGAAUAACUAAUAACAAUAGCAUAUUUUUCAGAAGCAGAACUAUAUCAGUAUUGCUCACACCGUAAACAAUUGCGUAGUUUCAGUCUGCACAACUUGCUUGUAUGGAUAUCUCUGUGUCUUGCUCUUUUUCAAAAACCGUCACGCUCAAAGUGAUUCCCUUUCUAAAACUCAAAAACAAAUUUUCCUUCAAUCAAUCAUGAUUUGCUCAUUUAACGCAAUCGCCGCCUAUAUUUACGUCUACAUGCAAUUCUUUUACUCUCCACCAACAGUUAUUCUGAUUGGUCAACUCGCGUGGCAAUUUGCUCACGGUACUUUGAGCUCUCAUAAAAAAAAAAAAAGGAUUAUAUAAUUUUUUUAUUGUUUUCAGGUUCUGUUGGCUUGGUUUACAUUACAAUGAAUCGUUCAGUUCGUCGCAAAGUGUUCGAAAUUCUUAUACCAGGAUUUAUCCGAAGUGGAAUGCGUGGUCAAACUGGAACCACUAUCAGUCGCCCGGUGGUCAGUGCGGUUGGAAUCGAGCCGAAGGGAAAUCAUAUAACUGCUACUAGUAGCGGAACUGUUUUCUAA